AUAUAAGACAGACCUCAGUUGGCAGUGUAAUUAUUAUUAUUAUUUCAUCAUUUGGUCAUUUGUCACUGGUGAUUUUUCAUCAGUCUAACAUUUUGAAGACUUCCAGCAACAUGCAGCUUGCAAUACCAGGGAAUGUCCUAACUUUCAGCCGCGAACUCGGCAAGGGCCAGCUGGUUCCUGACCUCUCCAGUGUUGUUCCCCACAGUUAGCCUUCCUAAGAACUUGUUAGCAUCUAGAAAACUUGUGUGCAGCAUGUUGCAGCUUACAACAUCAGAAGACGUCCUAACUUCUAACAACAACAACAACAACAACAAAGACAACAACAACAGCAUUCUUGGGAACUAACAAACAGCGGUGUGGGAGACGCCUGAAUUUCUCUCGGCUACAGAUCUGGCAAGGUUUUGAUUUAUGGCUUUUCCAGUGCUGUUCUCCCCCAGUUUGAUGUCAUUGGAGGUAAUUAACCUGAUCCAACUCUGAAGAACUCAAGGGAGAGAGGGAAGCCUUCUGUACUUGAGAAGUUAUUCCAUCCCUGAUAUGCACAGGAAAUGAAGACAUCACCGGCCAUGCUUGGAUCUGGAAAAUCGUACUGGGUCUUCUUCCUAAUCCCACAUCUGGGCAUCUGGAGUGUCAAAGGGGACAAAUCAUGUGAACAACUUUAUGUUAGGAGACAGUCCAUGAACGUCACAGCAGGGGAUUCACUUCAACUGGAAUGCCCUGUGGGACACUGUGCUAACAAAUCUAAUGUGACCUGGUGCAAGUUCAAAGAACAAAGGUGUUUAAGACUUGGGGAUAGAAACAUGACUUGGGAAGACAGGAAGAACAUGUCAGUUUUUAUUCUGCAUUUUGAUCAAGUGCUGGUUAGUGACAAUGGAUCAUACCGCUGUUCUUUGAGGGCUUCAUCUGGACUCUUGGAAAGCCAUUUAAUAACCAUUUAUGUGACAGAACGCACUCAAAAUUAUUCCGAACAUCCUCUAAUAACAUUGACUAACAUUUCAGAUACAGCCAGUGCCCCAGGACCAGCCCCCAUGGAAAAUAUGGGGGGCAGACGAUGGAUCCUUUAUAGUUUGAUUCCUUUGGGAGGAUUGCCUCUACUCAUUACCUGUUUCUACCUAUUCUGCUGCCUGCGAAGGCACCAAGGGAAACAAAAGAAGUCUUCAGAUACAGAAGAAAGGGAAAUUAAUCUGGUUGAUGUUCCCCAGCCCUUUCAGAGUCAGCAAACUGAAGUGGGCACCAGGCAAAAUUCCCAAACACUAACAUCAGAAACUAGAAUUUAUGAUAACGAUCCCUGGUUCGGGGUCCAGGAAGAGUCUUGCAUUUAUUCUAACCCCAGUCUUAAGGAAAACAAACAAGGCAUUGUUUAUGCUUCGCUGAACCACUCCGUGAUUGGAAUGAACCCAAGACAGGCAAGAAACGUAGAAGAAGCACCUACAGAAUAUGCUGCCAUAUGCGUGAGGAAUUAAAUCUGGUUAUGAUCUCUCACCAGUGAUCAUUGGAUGAUCAUCAUGUCAGCACCAUUAUCUGAUACCAAGAGAAUGUCAAUGACCUGAGAAGUUUCUCUUUAAGGAGGUUCAUGUUGGUGCUUGGGUCUUAAUGGUCCAUAAAACAAAUAACUAAGAUUUCUCCCAGAAACUUCUCUGGGAGUCUUUUAUAUUAUAGCCAUGAACAACAAAAUCUUCUCUCCAAUACUGAGUGAUAUCACAAAUAGAAGAGUAGUAGAACAUUUAAACUUAGCUACAUUUUACCCAACAUAUAAACUCAGUAUUUUCUUUGGAGCUAUCAGAAACUCACGUAGGAAAGAGAGACAUGUGUUUCCGGAUCAGUUCACUACACAUUCUUGAAAAAGAAUGUCCCCAUUCGACUAACUAACCAUAAAUAUAGUAAUGAUAGUAUGUUUCUUUCCAGUCAAUCUUUGAUAAUAAGAAAUUUUCCUCUGUCAAUCUAAUAUUGGGGUUUCUUAAAUGUAAAAGAGAGAUAAUUUUAGAAUUGAUGAUAUAAGACAAGAAUGGAAAGAAUAAAUCGUGCAAUAAAGAUGUGGAAUAUGCUAACGGGGUGUGGGUAGAUGUUCCCCACACUGGACAAACAAACGCUUGUAUCUACCCUGUUAGACUGCCAAGCAAAUAGAUGUAGUAAUGGAGCAAUUAACUACAUUUAUGAACAAAGUGAUAACUCGGUGUGUGGGUUACAUAGACUAAUGUAUAUGAAUUGACGUAAUGCUGCUGAAUUAAUAUACGAGUGGGUGUCUGAAUAAACAUAAAACUCAGCAAGAGUAUUUAUCAUCAGGUGAAUGUGGAUUGAUGGCUUAAACUGCUGCACGGUUGAGCCAAUGGGAAAAUAAAAGCACCACUAAUGGAAAGGAGAAAAGUCCAGAGUAUUCUGUUGGCCAAUAUGGGUCAACAUACGUCUAUUCACCACAUCUGUAUCUUGCUGUUCUUCUUACUAAGGAAUCAGGGCAAAUCAUACAUAAUGAACUAGCACAGUUUGAUAAUCAUUUGUUUUAACCAUAUGAGGUUGCAGCCACUUAAAAGUAUAGCAAGAAGAUAUGAGCUCCAUUUUCUGAAUUUCCAAAGUACUUGAGUCUAAUUAUUUAAGAAAUAGCCUACAACUUUUUUCAACUGCUUGAGGCUAUUAGGUUUCUCAGGUGCUGCUACUGACUAAUGCAAUAGACCUCAUACAAAGUGGAUGGCAAAGGUUAGGAUCCAUUUGAACAAAUAUAUGAGCUGCUGCACAAAUGAAUGUGGUGUGUGUGUGUGUUUCUAUUAGUGUAUAGAAGGAAGGGUAGGUUACUGUGUAUGUGUGUGUGUGUGUGUGUGUCUAUUAGUGUAUAGAAGGAAGGGUAGGUGACUGUGUAUGUGUGUGUGUGUGUGUGUGUCUAUUAGUGUAUAGAAGGAAGGGUAGGUGACUGACAGAAACGGUAAAAGAAAAACUGACAAAAUUGACAUACCAUUUCAGUUUGCUAAAGAAACUAAAAAUACUAGAGUAAAUGAGUCAUUAAAGAAAAUGUAUGAAAAUCAUGUAUGAAAUUAUGGGGAUAGAAGUAUGACAGCCCAUAAAAGUAUUUUCCCAAAAAGACAAAACAAAUUUUGUGGCAGAGCCUUUCUUACAAACACUGGCAUUAAGAUUUUGCCCCUUAGAUUGGGUUUGCAGGUAUUGUUUUAGAGUUAUUGUUAUCUAGCCAGUAUGAUAUCAUUAUUCCUAGGAUUCUGAGCAACCAGUACUAUGUUUCUUUUUCAGCCAACCUGCAUUUAUGGGCAGCUAAUGUACAAAAGACACAUUACAGCAGCUACUGGUGGUGUUCUUAAAAAUAGAAACAGGAAGUAUGGGGAGGAUACAUUUAGCUGUCUUUAUCAGAUAAACACACAAAGCUGAACAGUUCCUUCAAAAUUUUCUUGAAUUAAAACAAAACAAAUGUCUGUCUAUUGUUGAGAAUAUCCUUAGCAUGUCUUACAGUAAAGAUAAUGUUGAUAACGAUUUCAUCUCUGUAAAUGAUUUGUACUUAUAUUUGUAUAAUGCUGCCAAAAUUACAAAUCAUUUAUGUUUUUAUUCCUUCUUAAUUAAAAAUGUCAGAAUUAUAUUUGUAUUUCACAAAUAAAUCUCUUUCAGUAUUGUUAUCGGGAAGGAUGUUGUACUUCCGGCUCUUUGUCUUCUUGAAGGAAAGAAUCAGUCAAGAAACAGAGUUCGUGCAGCAUAGGACAGCAAGAAAGUUUAUUAGUAAAAGCAUGUACACUCCGAGAAAUGGAGCGGGCUGACCCAAGAGAGGGAAGCAGCCUCUCCUUACCUUAUGUGAGGGAUUUAAUCUCUAUGGGUAGAAUUGUCCCCGCCCCUCCGCCCCCGACCCCAGUACCUAUCAUUCUCCCAGCUGGCGUGCUUCAUACUCCCUUCUUGUUCCCAAGGUUGUCUGAGCUCAUUGCAAUGGCCCUGAGAAGCGGAGUGUAUAUUCUGAUAAGCAGGAUGGUUUCUUUCUCUCUCUAGCUUCUAACAACACAUCCCUUUGAUUUAGAAGCAUUUGUGAACCUGGAAUCCUGCUGGGCUAGUAAGGCACUGGUGCCCUACGUGAGGGCAGCUGCAAGGGUCUCGAUCAAAGUAGGAGCAGCUGCAAGGGGCUUUCUAACCAGGUUAGGUCUCUCCUUCUCCUGCUCCUUUCUAU